GGUAAUCACACCCAUAAAGGGCCAGACUCUCUCUCUCGCUCUCUGUGUCACUGGUUCCAUGCCAACAUCACACCACAUCCCACUCAAUAUCUCACUUUCCCACCUUCCAUUUACAGAAAAACACACACUGCACUGGAUGGAAACUUUACAUAGACCCACAAACACAUUAAAAAUCGUAUCUUUCUCUUCCUUUUAGAGAGAAAGAAAAAAAUCAAGAACAAAUGCAGAAUGAAAACUUCUCCUUCUUCUUCUUAAAGAGAGGGAGAGAUAGGGACAGAGUUGGGGAUGUGGAGAAGAAGCUUUUGAUUGAUUCAACUAUUUCAUCAACGGCGGUAUGAUAACACGAAACAAAUGGAGAGGAUGGUGAUGACAACACUAGAGAACUCUUUUUAUUGAAAAUUCAAGUUCAAGAAUUUAGUUUAUGAGGAGGAACGGUUCUUCUGAAAUCGUUGGUUUGAUUUUUGAAAUGAGUUCUGCUUUGUGUUGGGGCAGGGAUCCUUUCGCCCAACAGCGUUCUUGCUUUGAGCCACCUGUGAAAGCUUUGGCGAUUAGGGCACCUAAUUAUUCUCAGUUAUGGAAUUCAAAAUAUGAUUAGUUGCCAAGUAUAUGCUUAGUUGCCAAUCAAGUUUUUUCUCUUAUAUAAUUCGAAGUUUGCGCAGUGCUUGAAAUGAGUCAGGACCAAAAGUUCCAACAACGGUGGGAGUUCAGGAGGAGAGAUGACGAUCUUGAUUCUUCAAGCCAUGACUCCAAAUCAAGUUCUGGUGGUGAGCGAGUUCUCAAGAACCAUACGGUGGUUUCAAAUUUGACUUUGCCUGAAAAUGAUGAAACUGGCGAUGCUCCAUUGCCUAAACAGGAGAGUCAAUUAGAUCCUGAUAUGGGCAUCAUCCCUUUCGAAUUCACAAAUGCUGAAAAAAUACAUAGUGGACCAAGCAACAGAAAUCGUGGAGUUAAGAACAAGAUGAAGAAGGCUUCUAUGAAAAAAAGCAAUAGAAAGAAGAAAAAUAAUCGCAGUGCACGUGAGCCUAUUUUGCUGGACGAUUUUAAGAUCUUCAUGAAAUCGAUAAUUGAGGAGCUCAAAGUUGCUAGAGAAAACAUGUUUACAAGGAUGAGAGAUGAGAUGAAAAAGUUAGUGGAUGUCGAGUUAGCUUCAAGGGCAACAAAGAAAGGAGGCGGUAAUCACAGGCAAAAAACUGGCCAAAUCCAACAUCAGAACAACGUUGAAUUGGGAAUGAAAACUCAAAAUUGCAAUGGGGGAUCUUUAGAGAGGUCUGUGAAAAGUGAUAGGACAACUGAUUCGAAUAACUGCCAUGAAGUUUUUGAAGAGAAAGUUAACCAUGACAAAACCAUCGGAACCAUUGCAUCAAAUGAAAAGGAAAAAGUAGAAAUGUUGAGAUUGUCUGUUAGAAAACCCAUAUCUCCAUGUAAUCUCUCUGAUCAGGUAGUUUCUUCUGUGUGUUUGACUCUACCCACCGUUCUAUCUGAGCCACCACGAGCUGAGAACCACAAGCUUGAUUCUUCUUGCAACUAUACUCAGCCAGAAGCAACCGGAAAUAAAACCAGCAUGAAUUUGGAAAAGGCAAAGUUAAUGGUUGAUGCAGGAACUAGCAGAGGAUACUAUCUGGGCAUUCAGCAAGCAGAGCAGUUCAGAAGCUUUUCUCAAGCAGGUUCCCAAAAUAUGUGUUACCGUUACUCUGAUCAAAACAACACUGAAACAUCAACUAUGGGAAGUGGGUUCCCGGUUCCACUUCAUCAGGGGCUGGGUGCCGGUUUUAACAUUCCAAGCCAACCUCUGGAGAAUUUAUCUCACGACAAUCACAUUUUGGGGCCGAGGAUGAAUGGAGGAGCCAUAAGAUUCUCCGGGGGAAGUCAUGCUUUGCCAGAGCACUUUGGUUCCGGAAACUUCCAUAGACAGAUGAGAUGAAAAUGGAAACCAAGAUAGGAAAGAUGGUUGGGAAUGGAAAAUUUGAAGAGUGAAAGGAAUUGAAAUUCUUAGCUGAUCCUUUUGUUGCGGAGAUAUAGCUCUCAUGGUGUGUCUUCUAUUUCAUCAUCAUUCUUUUUCCAAAAAGGGAUGACUUGUAAAGUUCCACAUGAAAAAUGUUCAAUUCUGUCUUUGUUUGAAA